AUGGAUGACGUUGUCGAAGAUAUGGGACAGACGGCCGGGGAUAUGAUAUCAUCUGUGCCCGAACCGGAAGAGAACAGUUCCGAUACAGAGGCAACCGUCAUUCGUGCACCAAGUGUAACUUUUUAUGCUAGUCGGAAAAAUACAGGCACAGAUCAGUUGGAUGUGGAGAAUGUUGAAACGGAACUGAAUUGCACAGUAACACCAAUCGCAGGUUCGGAUACCGAGACUUCCUAUUCGCUCCGAAAUCAGACAACUUCAAGCACGGAUCUCAGUUCAACCGGACAAGGAAUAUCGAAAUCAGAAAUGGUCAGAAAAACCAAAUUCCUCGGUCGUCCAGUCGCACGCCAAAAUAGGGUAAAAAUCACUAUGGCAAGAGCCGGUGUUCCACAGCGGGGACAGUUGCAAGUUACACUCUUUCCGGAGGAGGACUCAGACGAACAGUCGAAAAAAAUACCAUUACGGCAUCCAACGAGGCAACAGAACAAAACCUCUGUGGUUCAACAACCUUCAUGGAAUCAACGCAACGCAAUGCGCAACACCCUUGGUAUCCGUUUGAUUUCCCCGACAAAGCCCCCAUAUGCACCUCUUCCCUAUGGAUAUCGCCUUAUCGUUCGUUCGGCCAGAAUCGAGCCCCCUCCCAGUAGUCUGAUCACAGAGACAACUAAUGCAACGGCUAAACCCAUCCAUAUGCCUCGAGUGCCUACUUUCCAACGCGAUGGAUGGUCAUCCGCAAGAAAUGCCUCAACGCAGCGACAAAAGUCAUCAAAUUUCACAAUAAAAGAUAUUGGAAUAACUGCACAAGUUAUCAUCAGUCGAACACGCACAGAAAGUCACAAAACGGAGAUCCCAGCAAAGAGAAUACUCGGGACCCAAGGAUUCAAUGAGGGUGCAGCCCUCUUCAAACAGGCUGAUGAACAACCUACUGCGGACGGUGGUUCACCGCCAGUUUCCUGUAAUGUCCUCAUUGUACUAAUUGAGGAAUCAGCUUAUCACGUUAACCAUUUGGUUUCUGAAGAUCAAAUCCGUUGUAAUCCUGUAUAUCUCACUGCUCGCUCCCUCAAUCUAUCACCUGAACUGAUCAAGGUCUUACACCAAACAACUCGAUCAAAUCAAGCAUCCCGGUACGCUCAAACGGCUGCAAAAAAUGCAAUUCCAAUUCGCAGCUCAAUUAGUCAUGUGGAUCGUGAGGUGGCACAAUGGAUGGACGGUUUAGUCGAAGUACGACAAAUCACUGCUUAUUCGAUACUUCCCCGACCACGGCCCGGGGAAUCACGCCAGUUACCAGCCGGGCAACAAAAGAUGAACAGCCAAUCGGUCCGCACAGAUCCAACUGAUGAAAAUACCACUGAGAAUGGAAAGGAUACACCAAGACAGGCUGACAUGGCACCGAGUUCUGUAGGUGAUAGAAUAGGAUCAGUUGAAACCUGUACAAUGAACCACACCGAACCGAAUGCGGAAUCCUCCGAAACUGCGAGCCCUCCUGAUAGUAAUACGGAGGAACGUCUCACAAUGGAAAUAACAAAUCAAACUACCGAAAGUUCACCAGAACAUUCAGUAGCAGCAGGGUCAACUGAACCGUUGGAAGAGAUUGAGCAAGGGCUUGCCCACCCAUCCAACGAAGAGGAGUCAAAAAUGGGUGAUGACAAUGAGGAUCUUACAUAA